AUGGCUCCCUCCAUGUUCGGCUCUCUGCUGCGGAUCGUCCGGCAGGUGGUUCCUCCAUCAGCUUCAGGCCAAGUUCGAAGUUACUAUGUCGAUUGGAGAAUGUUGCGUGAUGUAAAGAGAAGAAAAAUGGCCUACGAGUAUGCAGAUGAGAGGCUACGGAUCAAUUCUCUUAGGAAGAAUACUAUUCUUCCAAAAAACCUUCAGGAGGUGGCUGAUGAAGAAAUCGCUGCCCUUCCCCGGGAUAGCUGCCCCGUUAGAAUCAGAAAUCGAUGUGUUAUGACGUCCCGUCCACGAGGUGUAAAGCGGCGCUGGAGGCUCAGCCGUAUCGUCUUCCGUCACUUAGCUGAUCAUGGGCAACUGUCUGGGAUCCAGCGAGCAAUAUGGUGA